AGCACUAUGCUCCACCGCAAAUCCUACUCCCUGAACGAUCUGCCCUCCAGGGCGACCCGCAGACGCAGCCCUCAGGUCCAGCUCCUCGCCUCUGCCCCCAGUGCUGCCCAUCACCACCCCAUACAGGAGGAGAGAGACCCUGGCAGGGUGGUGGGCACCGCCCUGGAGAGGGCUGGCAGGGAGCCCAGGGUGCCCGGCCCCCACCCUGACCACCCCACCGGCCACCUGGUCCCGCGGCUGACCAUCACCUCCGAGGAGGGCAAGACUGAGAACGGUCUGGAGCUGGAGGUUGACCCCAGCGACCUGAUCGGGUUGUCCCGCAAGCUUUCCAGCUCUUCGCUCUCCUCCACCGGCUCCUCGCUCUUCGAGGAGUCUGAGGAUGACCUGCUGAGCGACACGGAUGACCACGGCAAGGGGCAGUAUCAAGAGGACACUAAUCUGAACAAACCCUGGAGGAAGGUCAAGACCAUUGUUCAUUGCUCGCCCUUCGUUGUCUCGUUUAAGAAACGCUAUUCAUGGAUUCAGCUGGCAGGUCACCAAGGGGGAUUUAAAGCAGGUGAUUCCGGGAGGAUCCUGAAGAAAUACAGUGAGAUUGAGAGACUGUGCUUUGAGCAGUUGGUGACGGACUCGCUGGGAGCCUUCGUGCCCAGGUACCACGGAAUGAUCGAGCGGGAUGAAGAACGCUACAUCCAGCUGGAUGAUUUGCUGGCAGAGUUCGAUGAGCCCUGUGUCAUGGACUGUAAAAUGGGCAGAAGGACGUACCUUGAGGAGGAGUUGAUGAAAGCCCACGAGAAGCCCAGGCUGCGGACGGACAUGUACCAGAAGAUGGUGGAGGUGGACCCGUUGGCUCCCACGCCACAGGAGCACACACAGCAGGCCGUGGUCAAAGCUCGCUACAUGCAGUGGAGAGAGACACUGAGCUCCACAGUCACACUCGGCUUUCGCAUCGAAGGCAUCAAGAGGAGUGAUGGGAAUUGCAGCACCAACUUCAAACGGACCAAAACAAAGGAGCAGAUUCUUCAGGUCUUUCAAGACUUUGUCGAGAACAACAAGAAUAUCCUGAAAAACUACCUGGUCAGGCUGCAGAAAAUCCGGCAAGUUUUGGAAUCGUCGGAAUUCUUCAGAAGGCACGAGGUCAUUGGAAGCUCCUUACUCUUCAUACACGACAAAAACGAGAAGGCAAAGGUUUGGUUGAUAGAUUUUGGCAAAACCACGAAAGUACCGAGCGGACAGACUCUGAACCACAGGACUCCGUGGCAGGAAGGGAACCGGGAGGACGGCUAUCUGUGGGGUCUGGACAACCUGAUAGACAUCAUAGCUGCCAUAUUAACUGACUCCUAGGUGGACCAGGACUCACUCUCCUGUCUGUUUGACAAAUGGAGAACGAACAAAGGGAGAAAGGGUGUGAGGGUAUGAGGUUUCUACGCUGACCCUUGGUGAUUGGUGCUGCAGAGAGAUUGGGAGAGCGAGUUUUACUUGAUGUUGUUCAGGGUCAGGAAGUGGGGCAGCCGGGGGAUAUGGACCAUUUGGCGAUAGACUGAGCUCCUCCCACCAGAGCUCCUCCCGCUGAAACACUUCACACAGUGAUCUUCACACUGGCAAUAUUCACACCGAGAUCUCUCACACGGAAAUCUUCACACUGGAACUCCCUCACACUAACUCUUCACACCAGCCCUACUCACACCAGCGAUCAUCGAGCGCGCGCGUGUGUGUGUUUCCUCUCUCACUUCCGAAUGACCCUUUAUAAACAUACUGGGCGGAGAGUGAGGAGAUCUAGACAAAAACUGAGAUGGACACGGUGAGAGAGAAACACAAGCUGGAAUGCUUCUCACUUUCCUGAAUCUACACGUACCUGACAUCAACAUGCCUCGUGGUCCAAUUGUGCGUGUGCUUGUGGUGCUGUGUUCUGACGCGGGCACAGGCUGUUGUGCUGCAGUGCUUGGUGCUGCGUUCACUGUAUGUACAGUUAGCGAGAGCAUCGCCAGGCUACAAGAAAGUGCCACCAUUCCUUUCAGUCAAGAUCUCAAUCGGCCUUCAAUCCUGUUCCUGAUCUGGAGCGGAACCAAAUUGGGAAGUUUCUGCAUCCCAUCCAGUAACGGACCUUCACAAGACUUAAAACUUGAACUCAAAUCUCCCUUAGAUAUAACAGUGAGUCAAAGCAUCGAACCACUUGUGUGAGUUGGGUGGGGUUGGUGGAAGAUGGCCCAUUAAUGUGGAUCAAUCCGGGUCUCUCUGUGGCAGGUGAUGAGAGAGUGUGAACUGUGGACUGAAUCUCCUUCCAGUGGAGUCACUGUGCUGAACAUUUACCUAACACUACUGAUAAUUGGAGAGAUUAGGUGUGACUUGAGUUGGGAGACGGGUUGCGAAAUCAUAUUUUUCACGCAUCGCAAUCUCAUUUGGUGUAAUUGAUAACAAAUCUAUUUCUGACUAAAAUAUUCAAAUGAUA